GGCCUGUAAGGUUGCAAGCAAGUUUCCUGAAUUUUGAAAAUCCAACAGGGAAUCAUUAUAGUUACCUAAUCUCCACAAAAGGCGACUGAUGUCCUGGUUAAUGAUUAACCCAUCUGUCAAAUUUACUGUGUACAAUGGAACAGUGAAAAAGCACUCCAGUCUCUGCCUUCCACAAGAGAAAGCAACUGAAUUACGAACAAGAAACAUGCCAACCAUUCACAGCUUCAACAACAGGUCCUCUCUUUUCUCAAAGAUAAGGAGUCAAGGCCAGCCACACAAUCCUCACGUGAACAAAAGAGAGGAUUUACCUAAAAUGUGGUUGCCAGCAGGCAACAGGGACAAUCACUGCCCUGUCUGUUUACAGAUUGCCAUCUAUCCUGUAGAGACCAACUGUGGGCAUCUAUUCUGUGCACCAUGUCUGAUAUCUUACUGGAAACAUUGCUCCUGGUUAGAUGCCAUCAGCUGUCCUUUGUGCAGACAGAUGGUAAAUAAGAUGUGCCAUCUCUUCAGAGAGACCAGAACUGACUGUAAAGAGACAGAAGUGCUCAAACAUGUCAGAGACUAUAACAAGCGAUACUCCGGAGCACCAAGACAGGUAAAGGAUUACCUGUGUGAUACACCCCUGUUCCUGCUCUUUCUGGGGCGAUGGCUGGGAAACAUGGGCGGCCUGGUGUGUCUGUUUCUCUUGAGGGUGGCAGUCUGUGGAUUUGGCGCUGCCAUGUCUUUGGCCUCCCCAACAGAGACUCUUCCUGGACCACUGACCAGUGUGCUGAGCACACUGGAUGAUUUUGUAGUGGUCUUCCUUCUUGUCAUUUGCAUUAUCAACAUCAACCACAGUUGGGGCAGCAGAGGACAAGAACACACUCCGUCACACAGGGUGUGCUGACUGACACAUUGUAGAGGACAGUGAUGGUGUGCUUACUAGCAUGUUGAAAUUACACCAAUCAACCUUGUUGGCAAAGGUUAACAGUGUUAUGGCCUGCUGCACUUUGAUCUUAUUGAACAUGGAUUUUCAAUGAUGGUGUCUAGAAUGGACAUACAGCACUAAAUGAGAUGAGUAGAGUUCUUAUGUUUUAAAAACAGAAAUUAAAGGUGUUUUAUUAAAGACAGAUUGUAUAUAAUAAAUGAAAAGCGGUAUUGUAAAUAAUGUAUGCAAGUUUCC